AAAUGUGUCACUUAAAAUCCGGCAGUUUGGAUUCCUGAAACUGAAUUCAUCGGAGCAAUCAAAGAAGAAAGCAUUAGUUGUUCGUGCAAUCAAAUAUCUAGAGAGAAUGUUAGUUCAAGCGCAAGCUGAAAAGCAACGUAGAAAAGCGGAUAGUACCAAAAUGAAUCCUGACGAGUUAAAAGAUGACGAGGAAGAUAAAGGGAUCAGUAUAGAUCCUAAAACCUAUUGCAAACUAGGACAUUUCCACUUACUUUUAGAAGAUUAUAGUAAAGCCAUGUCUGCAUAUCAAAAAUUUUAUUCUCUCAAAGGAGAUUAUUGGAAGGAUGCCUCAUUUUUAUAUGGACAAGGACUUGUCUAUUACCAUUUCAAUGCUUUUCAAUGGGCCGUGAAAGCAUUCCAGCAGGUGCUAUGGGUGGAGCCAGGAUUUCCACGAGCCUGCGAGGUUCACCUACGGCUCGGCUUGAUGCUGAAGGUCCACGCUGACUUCGACGCCGCCCUCAAGCACCUGACACUCGCUCUGAUCGAUGCCACGACACCUGCUUCCUUCUCCAAGCUUGAAAUAAAAUUUCACAUAGCCCACCUGUACGAGGUCCAAGGAAAAUAUCGCCUAGCCAAGGAGCACUACGAGGCGCUGCUCAAAGAGAAGACACUGCCCUCUCAUCUGAAGGCUGACAUUUGCCGCCAAUUAGGAUGGAUGUACCACGUGGUUGACUGCACCGUGCUGGGCAUAACGAGACAACAAAAACAGGCUAUCGCCAUUCACUGCCUUCAAAAGUCUAUCGAGGCGGAACCGAAAAGCGGCCAAAGCCUUUACCUGUUGGGACGUUGCCUUGCCGCUUCCGGGAAGGUUCAUGAUGCGUUUAUCGCUUACAGAAACUCCGUGGAAAAGUCCGAAGGGAACGCUGACACGUGGUGCAGCAUAGGCGUUCUGUACCAACAGCAGAACCAGCCUAUGGACGCUCUGCAAGCCUAUAUAUGCGCGGUACAGUUAGAUAAAUCUCACUCGGCUGCGUGGACUAAUCUGGGCAUUUUGUACGAAAGCGUUAGCCAGCCUAAAGACGCACUAGCUUGUUACGUCAACGCAUCCAGGGGCAACAACAACACACCAAAUUGCACGGGUUCACUGGCGGGCCUGGGCGGCGCCAAGUCCGGUGGUAACACCCCGAUGAACCCAUCCCUUCAACAGAGGAUAAACUUCCUGCAGAGUCACUUGAGCCAAGCACCGAUGCCUUCCGUCGCCGCCAAGAGGCGGCAAUUGCCGUCUAUAGAGGAGGCUUGGAACUUACCCAUCAGCGCUGAGAUGUCUAGCAGACAGCAGCAGCAACAACAACCAUCAAGUGGCCCAGGUUAUAAAUAUGGUAAUACACCUUCUGGUCCACCACCGCCUUAUCCGCAAGGACAAGGACAGAAUCUUAACACGAAGAGAUUCAAACCAGGAGAGGAGCCGACGGUGUCGCCAGGUGCGCAGCAAAGGCCACCACCGUUUUACCUUUCGUCGCAACAGCUGCAGAUGCUACAGUUCCUGCAACAAAAUCAGGGUAGUUUAACACCACAGCAACAGGGUCUGCUUGCCCAAUUACAACAUCAGUACAGGUCUAUGCAACAGCACCAACAGCAGCUCAGGCUGCAGCAACAACAAGUUGCGCAAAGAGGUUUAAGGCCUGGACAACCCACUGGAUAUAAUCAUUCACAGUUAGGACAACCCGGUGUUAUUAAGAAUUACGGAAUACCUCAACAACCGUUGCAACAAGGUGGAACCGUUGCAUUACAGACAGGAUUUUCGGACUCCAACGUGGGUUACAACACGGCGGCAACCGGAAACAGCCAGACGCCAGGAAUGCCUUACAAAUCUGCCUCCGACUCGAACUUCCCCCAGAGACAAAUGGCGUCCGGUCAGUACAAUCAAUACCCGCCUAAUCAGUACGCAGCCCAAGGCUACACGCAGAUAUCAUCGACAACGAGCAAUUAUCCGGAGGGUUCUGCGGGGAACAAGGACUUGGGUGUUACGGAUCAGGAACUGCAGGCUCUGCUGUCUCAAAAGGACAUCGCGACAUCGUUGGCGGAAGACUUGUUGAAACACUUCGGCUCCGAGGACUUGGACGUGAAGGAAGAAGCGCCGAGUAUUAUGAACAACGGCACUCUAAGCUCAGGUCCGUUCUCGCCGUCGAAUUUGGAAGAGAACACUCACACGGAGAAGAUCAAGGAAGUGAAACUGGAGAAGGUGGAGGACACGCGACCGUUAUCCACGUCGAAGCUGGAGACGUACGAGAAGAGCAACACGAAGGCACCAACCUCGGUGGAGACGGUGAAAUGCGAAGCAACCUCCAGUACAAAUAAAAUAGAAUCGGUCACUCGAGUGGAGCCGGUGCUCAAGUUGGAGAGCCUGUGCGAGUCUCAGCCUGAACAGAAGCUUAGCAUAGAGAUGGACGCGAAGAACAUUAUCGAGGCGUGCAAGGGACAGGGACUGAAAGGUGUUCCGAACUGCUCCAUCCUCAGCGAUCGCUCGCCUCCGCCAGCACCGCCGGAUCCACCGAGCCAGAGGCUAACCAAGGAACAACUUCUACCACAAACACCUAGCGUUUACUUAGAGAAUAAAAAGGACGCGUUCGGUCCUCAGCUACAAGAGUUCUGCCUGAAGCACCCGAUAGCCGUGAUCCGCGGCUUGGCGGCUGCCCUGAAGCUUGACUUGGGUCUGUUCUCGACGAAAACCUUGGUGGAAGCGAAUCCUGAUCACGGCAUCGAAGUCAGAACUCAAAUGCAACAAACCAGCGACGAGAACUGGGAUCCGGUGAUGGGCAGGAAAGUCUGGGGCUGCAUCAGCCAUAGGAGUCAUACGACCAUCGCGAAAUACGCACAGUACCAAGCUUCGAGCUUUCAAGAAAGCUUGAAGGAAGAGAGAGAGAAAGCUCAAGGUAUUCACACCUCGAAUCUGUCCGACUCGGACUCCAAGGACAGCACCGGCGCCGUCAGGAGGAAGAAGAACGCCUUCGGAUUGGCUGGUCGGCCUGGAGCGAAGAUGUUGCGAUUUGGGACCAAUGUAGAUUUAUCGGAUGAAAGGAAGUGGAAGCCUCAGCUACAGGAGUUGAUGAAACUGCCAGCGUUCGCCAGGGUCGUGUCGGCUGGAAAUAUGCUGAGUCACGUUGGCCAUGUCAUUUUGGGAAUGAAUACCGUUCAGUUGUACAUGAAGGUGCCUGGUAGUAGAACACCUGGCCAUCAGGAGAACAACAACUUUUGUUCGAUCAACAUCAACAUCGGGCCAGGAGAGUGCGAAUGGUUCGCAGUACCUGACGCAUAUUGGGGCGUGAUUUGUGCUCUUUGCGAGAGGAAUAACAUUAACUACCUUCACGGUAGCUGGUGGCCUUCUUUAGAAGACCUGUACGAGGAGAACAUUCCUGUAUACAGGUUUCUACAAAGGCCAGGUGAUCUCGUCUGGGUUAACGCAGGUUGCGUGCAUUGGGUUCAAGCCGUCGGUUGGUGCAACAACAUCGCCUGGAACGUAGGUCCUCUGACAGCUCGCCAAUAUCAGUUGGCAAUUGAACGUUACGAAUGGAACAAAUUGCAAUCGUUCAAAUCUAUCGUACCGAUGGUGCACUUAUCCUGGAACUUAGCACGGAACAUCAAAGUGUCGGAUCCCAGAUUAUUCGAAUUAAUUAAGAAUUGCCUCUUAAGGACAAUGAGACAGUGCUGCUUAAUAUUAGAAUUUGUGAAAAGUAAAGGUGUCGAAGUUCGGUUUCAUGGGCGGGGAAAGAACGAAGCAUCGCAUUAUUGUGGGCAAUGCGAGAUCGAAGUGUUCAACAUCUUGUUUAUAAGAGAGCAAGAGAAACGACACGUGGUACAUUGCAUGGACUGUGCGCGCAAGCAGUCUCCAUCUCUGGAAGGGUUCGUUUGCCUAGAAGAAUACAGAAUGCGGGAUCUGAUGGACGUCUACGACGGAUUCACCCUGCACAUGUCUCUGACCACUCCCUCGUCUGCUCAGUCUAGCCAGUCCUCUUGAGGUUACAUGCAACACAGAUAUUUGGACUUCUUAGGCACUCUUCAGUGACUUGGAUAGAACAAUUUCUGUGUUUGAAAUGGGAGUUUUUCUACGGUAACCAUUAUUCAGGUACCUGAGAGCUACUAAAAAGAAUGACGAUUGGAUAGGAGAGAUUGAGAGAAGUUCAGACACGUUGGACCGUAUAACGCAGAUAAUGCAUUCUCUGGUUCCGUUGCUGAUUCUUAUGGCACGCACAACGCUUGGUAUAGUCAUCGAGGCAAUUGGAACAUUCUGACAAUUAGUUAGCACUAUUUGUACAGACGAUUUUUAGAUUAGUGGCCCAACACAACAACGCAACAAUAACUGUUCCAACUCUCGGGUAUAGUGAGAUCGAAGCUGCGGAGAUUACAAAAAAGAAAAAACAAAAACAAACGAGAGAAGACUGCGUUUUGUUUGUAAAUUACACAGGUAAAUACCACGCGUAAUUCUUUAAAUAAUUAGCACCGUCGUCGAUGCGAUACAAUGUUAAAUCGUAUAGUUUAACUUCGAGCUUCGGUCGCGUUUCUUAUCCGUCUCGUGACGUGGCAAAGAGCUACGAAGCGCGUAACAUGCUUUAACGUAGACAAUUUUCUUCGUUGCUCUUUUCCUCGAUCGUGUGUGUGUGUGUUCCGGAACAUUGAUUGAAUCGCGAUUAAAAUUAAAAAAAAAAUUAUUAUGCAGGGUGCAUUCUCUAAGAUCGAUCGUCGUUCCUUCGACAUCAAUCUGUCAAGGAAAUGUUUCGAAUAAAAGUUGACCAAAAAAAUGCAUUCUCUUAAAAGAAAAAAAAAACACUCGACUUUCGGGUGACCUUGAAUUAAAGAUAUUCGAACAAAUCGACGCGAAAAGAUGAUCUAGAUUUUUUUUUUCAUCGAGAAACACAAUUUCCUAGACUAAUUUCUGUUCAAAAACAUUUGAUGGAUUAUCGAAAAUACUUAACAAGGUGACGGUUAAUUUUAAAGGGUGCACUCGUUAUAGAGGAUGGUUAGAUUAUGCGUGCGAAGAUAAAGGAAAACAAAAAAAUAUUACGGAAAAAUGUUCACUGCCAAUUACGAAUACGUAGGAGGAUUUAACAUGGGAAUCUAUAAGAGUUAGGCUGUCGUUAACUACUGUUACGGAUUAGAGUACGAUUGUAAAUGAAUGCUGCUCAAACCGUACGUAAUUGUACAUUUUUGUAAUAAUCGGUCGAAGACGAUUAAUUGAUUUUUUACGGGAGUUGUAGAGAACGUUUUAGCACGGAUACGAGAAUGUCCAGCUGCGAGUGGCGCUAAAUCUAAAUUCGAACAGCAAUCGACAACCUUUUUCAUAUCACGCUUAGACUAAUUACCGGUUAAUAGGCUUUUCUACAAACACGAACGGCAGAACGAGGACACAGAGAGUGACGGAGGUUGGAAGAGAAAGGUGUAGGCACACAGCAGUAGAGCGAAUAAUCUUUGCUUCGAACGAAUCAAUUAACGCAUCGUUGCGGCUCUAAAAUAUUUGUAUAAUAGUACGUAUGAUUUGUAUAGCUAUUAACUAAGAUAGACCAACUUCCGCGUUUAGGACGAGAGAACGUGCUGCGGACAGCCUGCGAAUAGAAAAAAAAAAAACAGUGUUUCUCAAUUUCCGGCUUUUUGCUUUUUCUCUGUAAGAAAAACGUCUGAAUUUCUUUUAUUUUUAUUAUUUUUUUUCAAUCAUGACAUUUAUCGGUACACCGUCUAUCAUGGAAAUUCAAAUUUUUAUACACUAAUCGAGAUAUGCUCGAAAGAUCGAUUUUCUCGUUUUAUCCGAGUCUAGAACUAGAGUUAUUCUAUUAUAAAUCAAAUGAAAUGAUCAAUCGAACGAUGAACAAUUGAUUUUUAUUAAUUCUGUAUAUACAUAUAUAUAAAUCUAUUUUAAAUACGUAAAAUUCGCCCUCUAUCCGUUUGCAUCGUUUUGAUCAAUUUGAAUUGUACAAAGUAAUCAAUCUUAUACAGUUUGAAGAGUUCAGAGAAACAAAAAGUAGAUUUUUUUGCGGUUAAAUGAACUUCGAUUCGAUUCAAUGUCUAAUGAAUUUUUGUUUACACGAAUCUCGAAGCGGUGCAUAGAACUUGAACGAAAAUUGGGAAACGCUGGCGUAUUUAGUUGGUGGGAAAGCAAUGCAAUUUUUGAACGAAGGAAAUCAUUUUUAAAUCCUCGAAUCGCAGUUUUUUUUCAUAAACGAAUCGAAAAUUCAGCCGCUGUUGCAACAAUUUGCGCAGCAUUUCUAACGAACCACGUAAAUUUCAAUCAUUAACGAAUAAUAAAUUUUUCAUUUUUAUUCUCGAUCGACGAAAUUUUUAACAAUGUGGUAAUUUUCAUUUACUUUUUGACUUUUAACAAUUGUGUUCUAGACAAAUUAAACUUUACACAGAUAUAUUAGGAGCAUUGCUAAUCCAAAGAGUUCACGUCACUGACCUCUAUUUCUAAAAACAGCUAGACCCGAACUUUGACAGUUUCAUGAAAAAUGGCAACGUUGCUUCUCCACCAACGCGGAACACAACAGUCGAACAGACCGCGGAAAGGGAAAGAUUAAAAUCGUAUCUCAAGGGAGAGGAUCGAGAAACGUGUUACGCGUACACACAAAAGAAAACGUACCUUCAACUCAGUCUCGUCAAUUCCACAUUAGCGUUUAGCAGCGCCAAAUGUACGUGCCAGAAACCAAAAGAAAAACAAAACAAAAUAAUUAAACAAAUCUUACCUACCGCUAGUGUAUAGAUCGAGAGAGAGAGAGAGAGAGGGGGGAAAAAACGUAAUGCAGUUCUUGUUCCGCCGAAAAGAUGUAUUUUCGCAGACGCGUGAGAGAGAGGGAGAGAAAGGGGAGAACAUGUUCGAAAGAAACAAAAAAAUAACAACAAACAAAGAAACAAACAGAGAGGUAGAUAGUCCGUACAUCCGUAGUUAAGAUCAUCGGGAAUAACGAUGUAUUUUUGGAAAAGCCCUAGGAAUGCUAGUUUCGCCGAGUGAAAUUAGUUGACGCGUAACGAUGAUCGUAUUUCUCCUUUCGUACAGGACGAUCCGUCAUCGAUUCACGGCGGCGAGCGAUCGUUGCUUCAUGAAAAAACGAAUCGACCUGGGACCUGGAACUCCUAUGAUCGCAAUUUUCUAAAACUAAACGGAGCUUUAAAUAGGGAAUUUAUGACAGAUUUUCGGUUCGGUUUUCGCGAAGAAUGAUACGAGUUCGUCGAUUUUGGCCACUGAUGACGGAGUCGUGCUGUAUGCGCGCGACCAAUUUCAAUGUCGCAUCGUUCUAAUGCAAUAUACAUAUACAUUAUAUACAGCAGUGGCCGCGCGUGUAACGUUGGUUUUCAACCGUGGGAAUCCGCAGUCAACGAUAUUUCAAAUCGUAACGAUAUUAACGCGUUAAUAGCAGCAUGUUUUUCAUUGUAUCACAUGCGUCGUAUAUAGCAGUCGAGAUUAAUCGGUCAUUCGGGGAGAGGACGACUUCGUUAAUCAUUCAUUGUCGAAUCGCAUUAAUUCCGCGCUUUCGAACAAUUUAUCGAAUAUAAAUAAUUAUAGGUAAAUUUAAUCGUGUUAAUCAUUUUUUAAUGGCACGACGGACACGCUGAUCAAGCGUAUACGGUUAAACGUUGACGAUUCUGUACUUCUGCCCGGUCUAAGAAAAAUGGCCGUUCUCAUUGAGAGACACGUUCGAGCAGACCGAAUUUCCUUAGGCAUUGUAAACACGAUUAACGCUAAAUCUACCGUACCUGUUUCUCGCGUUUAAGUUUCAGAUAGAUUGAAAUUACGGAGACUGUCCGAUGGUGAAAAAUUGAACGAACUCCUUGGUUCGAGCGUAGGUGUAGCGUGAAAAUGGUUUCGGUUUCGGUUUUGCUAGCUGAAUCGCUCGCGGGAUAUAUUUGGACGGUGGUACGCGUUUUAAUAUGCUUCGACGAUGGGUCGUCGAGAGUCCCUCCCCGUGCCGAAUCCAGGUGUCGGAUCACCUUUGAAACUCUGUACCGCAUUCCGCCCGGUCUUAGCUAGCAUCGAAUGCGUUCGACCCUGUACUCGCCAUCGGCCGUCGCACACGUUUCACAGUGUCCCGGUACAAGUGUUCGCAUUCCACGACCACAGCGAGCUAGUUAGCCGUUAAACACCGCUCGAAUGAUCUCAACGCAUAUGUAAAACGACGUAUCGGCGGUCGACAGCGACGGCGAGCUCUGCCAAUACAUCUCGAACCGACUCGACAACUUCGACUAACGGUUAAUAAAUUAUAAAUACCUACAUAUAAAUAUAUUUAAUGUAAAGGAUAGCGUGUUAGGGUGACGAAGCGAAGCGGAACGCGCGGCUCAACAAGCUUCGACGGUCGGACACGAACGACAAGAGUUGCCGUCUGGUUCGCCGCGGUCCCUCCAAGAUCAGGAUCCAAGAAAGAAACGGUUGCUUCCUGGCGUACACGCGACAACAUUUCGUUACGAUCGAAAAGACGGUGUCUUCGCGCCAAUUCUCAAUAUCUCGAAUUCGAUAUAUCGGUCGAAGACGCUGCGAGUACCGGAAGCAACGUUUCAAAAAUGCAUCCUCGUCCGAGGGAUCGACGCAAGGUCGAGUUAUCGUUGGCGAUACGGUAUCGAAACUCUGUACAGUCUUGUUUUUCGUUCUUUCUUAGAAAAAUGUUUCGCAGCGCUGGCAGUGGAAGUUUGCGCGUUUAUGGUUUACUCGGUAAGACGAUUAUCCACCUUAUUUGCGGGCUUAACAUUUUAUCCAACGGCAAGCCUAAGAAUCGUACUUCCAAAGUGUUCUAUCAAACGGUGGCGCGAGAAUCCAACAAUCUCGGAAAUGAUCGUUGGAGACGAUUCUGCUGCGGGUGGGUGUGUUGGAAGAAACCCCGAGAGAAUUCGUUUGUUAUCGUGGAUUGUGUGGCGAACAUUCGGCGAUAUCCCGAAGUAAUCGCGACAUUUCGUUUCAUUGUUUCCUAAUCUCGUUGUCCUUCGAAGUCGCGGGUACGGUAAUGUCUCCGCUUACCGAUGCU